UGUCCAUCCACCUCUUUUUUUCUCCACUGCAUUCUCGUUCACUUUUGACACCAACAUGCCCCCCAACAAAGAAACCCAAAUUUGCACCCUCUGUAUCUACUUCCGACUGACCGACUCCCUCCCGUAUCGGUUUGCUCUCUCUUCCCGACUCAGUGACCGUCUCCCCUUCGUGCUCGCUGGAAGUGAUCUGCUCACAGCACCCGGCCCGAGGUCUGACCCGUAUCAGUGGUGCGUGGGAUGCGUGUUCGGUGUGCGUGAGCGUGUAUCUUGUCUUCUGUCAUGUGUGAGUGUCUGCGAGGGAUCUUCCGUGUCACCUGGACACCCUCUUCAGAUGCAGAGUCUGACAGAGAGGACAGUCAUGGGAAUCCACAAGCCAGAGAUUCACCUGUAAACAACAAUAGACGCUCUCCCCCCUCAGACAGGCCUCCCUUUGGCACUCAUCUAAGUACACAGCACAGCAUCUCCGCUGAUGAACAGGACAGCCCAGAGCGAAUUGUUCAAAAGAAAAAACUCCAUGCAGAACUAAAACAGGUUUUGAGUCAGAAGAGAAGCCAGCUUAGAGACACCCAAUCCACCCUCACAGACAUGGAGGAACCCCCCAAGACAGGCAGUAAGAAUGAGGUGGAGAAGGAAAACCAGUUCUCAGAGCUUGUGGAAGUGGUUGUUGAAACACAGGCUGAGGUUGGAGCUAGUGGGUACAGUGUUGUGGGUGGAGGGGAGCAAGGCAUCUUCAUCAAAGAGGUUUUGAAAGACUCCCCAGCAGCAAAGCACCUCAGUCUACAGAAAGGAGAUCAACUUCUAAGUGCCAGGGUGUAUUUUGAUAACGUGAAAUAUGAGGACGCAUUAAAAAUUCUUCAGUGUGCAGAACCCUACAAAGUGUCUUUCUUUUUGAAGAGGACUGUGCCAGGAAGUGAAGUCAGAAUACGUCCAGGUGCACAAAAUCUUGAGCUCAGAGGACCUAAGGCCAAGAUGCAAAAAAUGAGCGUCAAAAGCGUGAAACCGUUCAAAACCAAGAAAAGGAGAGGAGGAAGAUUUGGAUUGAAAAGACUGAAAGAGAACAAAAAAGCAACAGCACAGGCAGAGCUGGAUGUUGAGGGCUCACCUGGUAGAUCAGACCUCAGUCCUGUUGAUGUUGAGUUUGUAUUCCCGAAGUUCAAGAUGAGGAAAGGUGGGAAGGCCACUGCAGAUGGAUCAGAACAUCUGGAGGGUGUUAUUACUAGUACUAAGAAGAAGAGGAAGAUCAGAUUUCUAAAGAUGAAGGCCAUGGAUGCUGCUGUUGCUGAAGGGAAUGUCAAUGAAGAUGUUUCACCACAUGAGGGAGAGGCCUCUAGAGCAAAGCUGAAGGUCAAGACGAAAGGUCCAAAAUUUGGAAUGAAUUUCCCUAAAAUUAAAAAGUCAAAGUUAGAUGUACAAUCUUCAAAUGACAGUUUUGAGGUGAAAGAACAAGAAGCCAAAUUUAAGCCUCCAUCAGUAGAGUGUGAUUUCAACAUGCCUCAGGACAAAGCUGAAACUAAUGUUCCUAAUCCUGAGGUUAGUGUUAAAGGAAAAGGAGAGGGUCCUGAGAUAAAAAUGCCGAAGAUAAAUCUGGAUGUCUCAGAUACAAUGGGGACAGUCCCAAAGUUCAAACUGCCAAAGGUAAGACUUUCUUGUCAUUCAGAUGAAAUUGAUGGAGAGGCAAGGAAAGAAACUGAUACAUCUGAAAAUAAACUGAAAAUGCCCAAGAUUGACAUCAAAGCACCAAAUGUGGAUUUAGACUUGCAUUUCCCAAAGACUAAGGGCAAGGCAGGAUUCAAAGUUGUUGAAGUUCCUGAUUGCAAUGUAAAAGGAACAAAAAUCAACACAGCCAAGCCUGACACAUCCUUGCCAGUGCUAAACCUUGAUGCAAAACAAAGAUUUGGAGAUGACAUUGAUAGAUCCAUGGACAAAGAGCAUAAGAUUUUCCUCCCAAAACCUGACAUUGCAGUGCCCAAGAUAGAAACGUCAGAUGUUGACAUUUCUCUUACACAAGGAAAGGUAAAGGGAGAUGGCAAAGUUAAUGUCAGUAAGGGGGGCAAGUUUCUUUUGCCUCAAGUUGAUUUGUCACUUCCAAAGAUUAAAACAAGAUCUGUGGAAGUCAAUGUAGAAAGACCUGAUGUAAAAGGAAGCAAAGUUUACACACCUUCCCUUGACAUUUCUUUGCCUAAAGAUAAAACUGAGAAAAACACUGAUAUAGAAGGCCAUUCUGGAACAGGUAUAAAGUUUGAAAUGCCAAAAACCGAUGUUUCAUUGCCAAAAGUAAAAGCUACAGAAGGAGAAAUUGGAGUUGAAGCUCCUCAGAUCCAAGGAGGAAAGUUAAAUAUGCCAUCUAUUGAAAUGUCCUUUCCAAAUAGGAAGGUGAAAGGAAACACUGACCUUGAUGGCAAAAAAACAAAUUUGCCUAAAUUUGUUAUUAGCUCACCUAAGAUUAAAUCUUCAGAUGGAGAAAUCAAUAUUGAUAUCAAGGAUGGAAAGUUUCACAUGCCCUCUAUAGAUAUCUCUCUGCCAGGAGGAAGAACAGGAGGAGAUGUGACUGUCGAAGGCCAUGAAGGCAAAGGAAGAAAAUUUGAAAUGCCUAAAUUAGAUGUUUCUUUGCCUAAAUUAAAACCAUCAGGGGGUGAAAUCGAUGUUGAAGUUCCCAAUAUCAAGGGUGGAAAGAUUCACAUGCCCUCUAUAGAUAUCUCUCUGCCAGGAGGAGGAGCAGGAGGAGAUGUAGAUGUUGCAGGACAUGCAGGAAAAGGAAGAAAAUUUGAAAUGCCUAAAUUAGAUGGUUCCUUGCCUAAAUUAGAACCAUCAGGAGGUGAAAUCAAUGUUGAAGGUCCUAAUAUCAAGGGUGGAAAGAUUCACAUGCCCUCUAUAGAUAUCUCUCUGCCAGGAGGAGGAGCAGGAGGAGAUGUAGAUGUUGCAGGACAUGCAGGAAAAGGAAGAAAAUUUGAAAUGCCUAAAUUAGAUGGUUCCUUGCCUAAAUUAGAACCAUCAGGAGGUGAAAUCAAUGUUGAAGGUCCUAAUAUCAAGGGUGGAAAGAUUCACAUGCCCUCUAUAGAUAUCUCUCUGCCAGGAGGAGGAGCAGGAGGAGAUGUAGAUGUUGCAGGACAUGCAGGAAAAGGAAGAAAAUUUGAAAUGCAUAAAUUAGAUGUUUCCUUGCCUAAAUUAAAAACAUCAGGAGUUGAAAUCAAUGUUGAAGGUCCUAAUAUCAAGGGUGGAAAGAUUCACAUGCCCUCUGUAGAUAUCUCUCUGCCUGCAGGAGGCACAGGAGGAGAUGUAGAUGUUGCAGGACAUGCAGGAAAAGGAAGACAAUUUGAAAUGCCUAAAUUAGAUGGUUCCUUGCCUAAAUUAAAAACAUCAGGAGUUGAAAUCAAUGUUGAAGGUCCUAAUAUCAAGGGUGGAAAGAUUCACAUGCCCUCUAUAGACAUCUCUCUGCCAGGAGGAGGAGCAGGAGGAGAUAUAAAUGUUGAAGGACAUACAGGAAAAGGAAGAAAAUUUGAAAUGCCUAAAUUAGAUAUUUCCUUUCCUAAAUUAAAACCAUCAGGAGAUGAAAUCAACAUUGAAGGUCCCGAUAUCAAGGGUGGAAAAAUUCACAUGCCCUCUAUAGAUAUCUCUCUGCCAGGAGGAGGAGCAGGAGAUGUAGAUGUUGCAGGACAUGCAGGAAAAGGAAGAAAAUUUGAAAUGCCUAAAUUAGAUGGCUCCUUGCCUAAAUUAAAACCAUCAGGAGGUGAAUAUCCCGAUAUCAAGGGUGGAAAGUUUCACAUGCCCUCUAUAGAUACAUCUCUGCCAGGAGCCACAGAAGGAGAGCUUGAUCUGGGUGAUGACACUAAAAAAGGUUUAAGAUUUCAGAUGCCCACUGUUAUCUCUAUCCCUAAAAUUAAACUAACGGAUCAUGAACUAAAAGUUUGGUCAGAGAAGAAAGACAUAGACAUUUCAGUACCUAAACUGACUCAUGAUUCUGAUAUAGCGACCAAAGCUACUGGUGUCAAAAUUAGAGAUUUAAAUGUCCCUGAAGUAACUUUAGGUGGGAACAUUAAGCUGCCAAGUGUGAAAAUACCAACUGUUGACAUAUCUGCUCCUAAAGUUGACCUGGACUUUACUCUUUCAAAGGGAAAGGGCAGUGAUAGAGAAAACAUUGAACUUCUUAAGGCGGAGGGUGGAAGGCCAUCAUCUGGGGCAAGUUUUGAUGUUCCAGACGUCCCUAUGAAAAUGCUCAAAAUAUCACUUCCUAAAUUUGGCAGAAAAUUGAAAAGUGGAGACAAACUAGAACUAGACAGUCCUGACUUAUCUAUAGAUUUGGACAUGGAAAGAACAUCACCAUCAGUGGAAACAUCUAAAAAGGAUACUGAAAUAAUUGGUACUGCUGCUGAAAUUAAGAUAAAAGCAGGUGGUGGAGAAAUUACAAAACCAGAAAUCAGAGUAGAGGGUCCUGAUGUUAAGGUCAAAUCCAAGCUCAAAUUCCCCAAAUUCAAGACACCUAUUCCUAAAGCAAAGCUCAAAGAUGUGGAAAUGGCUAUGCCUGGAUAUGUGGAUAACAAAGGAAAGGUCAGAAUGCCAGCAGUUGAGAUAUCAUUGCCAACAGCAAAUAUUCCAGAAUGUGAGGUAUUGCUUCCUAAAACUGAGGUUGAUGUAUCUGAAGCAGAUAUCAGAUGUUAUGAGGGCAGUUUAAAAAUUCCUAAGAUGCCAACAAUUGGCAUAUCAGUUCCAAAAGUUGAUUUGGAUGUUUCCUUGCCUAGGUUAAAAUUUAAUGAAUCAGUAGACUCUUCUGACUUACACAUUAAUAGUAGUAGGGGUACAGUAAAUCUUCCCCAUGUCAAGAUACCUAAAGUAGACAUUUCACUUCAUCAUGGAAAAACAGGUGACACAGAUAACCAUGAGGUGGAGAUUGGAAGGAAGGGUAAAAUAAGAAUGCCAGAAGUGGAAAUAUCAUUACCAAAUGCUAAACAUGACACAUCUAAUGCUGACAUUAAAGGUGAAAAGCUAAAAAUACCAAAAAUGUCCGUGCCCAGUCUUGAUAUAUCAUUACCUCAUGGAAAAAUAACGAAAAAUGAUGAUCCUGAUUUAGAAUUUGGAGUGAAAGGGAGUAAAUUAAAAAUGCCAGACAUUAUGGUGCCUAAGAUAAAUGUAUCGCUACCUCACAAAAGCAAAGAAGAAAGUCAUGCACCUGAUUUAGAACUAGAAGGUGGAAAAUUAAAGAUGCCAACAACUGAUAUAUCCCUUCCUAAAAUAAAAUCUAAAGACAUUGUUCCAGAAAUUCAACCAGAUGUAGGAAAAGGUAAAGUCAUGAUCCCUGGAAUUAAACUACCAACAAUAGAUGUCUCGUUUCCUCAUGGUAAAACAGAGGACACUAAUGACCUUGAACUGGGAGUGUGCGGCAAAGAAGGGAAAUUCAAGGUUCCUGCCAUCAAAAUUCCAAAAGUAGAUGUAUCAUCUCAAGGUCAACCAGCGAGUGCAGAGAAAACAGAGGUCAGAAGACAAGACGGCAACUUUCAAUUACUGAAAAUAACAAUACCCAAAGUGGAUAUAUCAUUACCAUAUGGCAAAUCAGAUGACCCUCAGGCUUCAGGGUCUGUGGAAGUAGAAGGUGGGCAAUGUAAAAUGCCUGAUAUUAAGAGACCACAGUUAGCCAUAUCAUUACCAGAAAGUAGAACUGGAGAGUUUGAUACCAAAGAGGGAGAAUCUGGAGGAGGGCAUGGAAAAUUCACAAUGUCAAAUGUUAAAAUCCCAAAACUAGAUAUAAGAAUGUCUAGAGAAGCAGACAUGUCAGAUCCUUCCACUGAUGUGAGCCUUAAGGAUUCGCAUAAAGAGGGUAAAAAGAUGAGGAUGCCUAAUGUGGAUCUAGAGCUGGAUCUUGGCUUAUCAAGAGAAGGAAAAAAGAAUAAAAAGAAGAAUGAACUUCCAGAUACUGAUCUGGAACCUGCCGCACCGAAAGAAAAAAUAAAAGGGCCAAAAGUUAAAGGUUCGAAAUUUAACAUUGGAAUGCCAAAACUAAAAGUAUCUGGAUUAGAAAAUGACAUAAACAAGUCUGGAAAAAUGGAUGCUAAAUUUCUAAAAGGAGGAACUGAUGCAAACUUGAAAGCUGAUUUACAAGCACCAAAGAUUCCCGAACUUGAUUUUGACAUUGAGACUGCCCAAGCUAACACUAAUAAUUCUGAAGAAGAUAAAAAGCAGACUGGUAAAGUCAAAAUUCCAAAAUUUGGAAUACCUCUGCCUUCUUUAAGUUCACCUGAAGCCAACAUCAGAUCAUCUCAGGGAAAAGGUCACUCUAUAAACAUAGACUCUGAGGCAGAGUAUGAAAGCCCACGUAUGCCAAAAUUAACAAAAGCUGUAUUUGUUAUGGUGAAUCCACAAAUAGAGAACACUGCUAGUAUAGGUGGUGAAGCAAGUGCAGAAAUCGUAGAUGAGAAGCACAAGCAGCCAAAGAUCAAAAUGAAGCCAAGUUUUGGCAAGUCUCCAUCAAAUGAAAAGGAGAAAGCAAUAUAUUGUGAAGAUGAGGUGGAAACUGAGGGAAAGUCAAAAACUGGUAAGCUUAAAUUGCCAAAAGUAACAUUUUUGUCUGGGCAGAGAGGAUCAUUUGAUGUAACACCAAGUGGGUCUGAUGAUGGAACAGGUCCAAGUCUAAAUGGUGACAAAUAUGAAAAAUCAAUGUUUGGAAAGCUUAAAAUGCCUAAAGUGGAGUUUUUCUCACCAUACUCAAAAGAUGCAAGUGAGGAAGAGGAAAUGGAAACAAGCCUGAAACUCAGGAACGAGGCCUCGGGAGAAAGCAAAGAGAGCAAGGAGUCAAAGACAAUAUCAGGCACAAUGUCAUUCCCAGGUCUCAGGAAGAAAACAGAGAAGGAUGAGGAGGUGAGAAAGAUUAACACUAUAGUAUCCUCGAAAGCAAAGACUGAAAUGUUGGCAGAAAGGGAGGGAUCAGAGUCUCCAGUACCCACAGUAUCAGCUGGAUUUGUCUCUGUAACGAAGAGUGAAGAAAGAGAGGAGACAACAUGGUUCAAAGUACCCAAGGUCACCCUUAGUCCCCAUUCUACUGGCAUCCUUAAUAUCACACCAGAAAGCUCUCCAAAAGGAUGCAAGUCCUCUCUUCCUUGCUCUAGCGAGGAAGCCUCUGGAGGUUUCUAUGUGAAGAUGCCAAGCGUAGAGUUUUUGACCCGUGAAAUGCCCUCAGAACAUCUGAUUACUAAAACAGAGGGAACUCUUACUGUAGUGACUAAGACAACAAAGUAUACAGAAACAAAAAGUACCAGUUCGAAACAGUAAGAAUCUCAGUUACAGAACUGUGACAUACUUGUCAUGUCUUGGAGGUUUUAUUCUAUUUAAAGUAAAGAAAGCAAAAAUAUUUUCACCAGCUUUUGCAAGAAAAACAUAACUUAUACAUAAUGAAAAUGUUGAGAAUAUUAUUUAUUGUAGACCUUAUUUUCAUGUUUUGUAACUUGCCAACUUUUGUAACUUGCCACUCUGUAUAAACACAACAUAGGCACAAAUCUGUGUAACAUAGAUAGAUGCAAAGAUAUUUAAAAACAGUUUGUUUUUUUUCUCACGCUUUUCAUGUGCAGUCUUGAAUGACAUUUAUGCUGUAGAAUUUUACAGCAUUUUGGUAAUAUUGCUUUGCCUUUUCAUUGCCUGGUUUGUCUCUGUAGUUUUUGGUUGUUGUUAUGGAAUUGUUUUUAUUAUAAAUACUAUUAGAAAUACAUGUACUAUUUUUACAUAUUUAUAUGCAUGAUCUGUACAGAUAACACACUAAAAUGAAAGCCUGUAAUGUUGAGUAUUUUUGUGAUACAUAUUUUUAUCACUUUUAAGAUAAAUUCAAACAAUAUUAAGUUGUUGUUUUUUUUUUCAUUCACAUUGUGACAUGCUGUACCAGAUAGCACUUCUCUGUUCAUGAGAAAGGCUCUGAAUUCUUCUGAAUUGAAAACACUGAGUGUGAAAUGUUUUUCUUUUCUUUUCUUUUUUUAAAUUAACUCUUGUGUUGGUGGUGGAAUUAGUCUACAUGCAAGCAAUGCUGUUGUAUAUGUAUCAUAUUUUAGGCAGGUUUAAGUACAUAUGUUUGUAUGUGUUGCUUUUUUGAAACAGUCAUUUAGAUGAUGCCCCAUCUCCAUCUAAUGCAAAAAUAGAACAGUCAAAUAAAAUAUUAACAUUCUAAUGAGUGGUAACUAAUUAUUUCCUGAUCUUUUUCACUGAUUUCUCAUCAUUCUCCUAAUGUGGCAGCACUAAUACAUGACAAGUAGUGGUCCAAUUCUGAUACUGACAUGGCAAGAAAAAUCUACAAACAACAGCAGGCAGCCUUC